AUGACACCGCCUCCGCCCGGAUGCGCCUCCCUCGGCGCCCCGCGCGCCCGCGCUCCCGGCCCGCCGGCUCGGCCCCGGCCCCCGCUGCGGCUGCUGCUGCUGCUGCUGUGCACGGCCGCCGCCGCCCGAGGCCACCCGAGGAGCGGACCCCGCGUCUCCGCGGUCUGGAAAGGCCGCGCAGGACAGGACUGGGUUGACUUCGGCCUGGCGGAGCCUCACACGGUGCUUUUCCAUGAGCCCGGCAGCUCCUCCGUGUGGGUGGGUGGACGUGGCAAGGUCUAUCUCUUCAACUUCCCCGAGGGCAAGAAUGCCUCCAUGCGCACGGUGGACAUCGGCUCCACGAAGGGGUCCUGCCUGGACAAGCGGGACUGUGAGAACUACAUCACGCUCUUGGAGAAGCAGGGCGAUGGGCUGCUCAUCUGUGGCACCAAUGCCCGGCGUCCCAGCUGCUGGAGCCUGGUGAAUGGCACCGUCGAGUCUCUUGGUGAGAAGAGAGGCUAUGCCCCCUUCAGCCCGGAUGAGAACUCACUGGUCCUGUUUGACGGGGAUGAAGUGUACUCCACCAUCCGGAAGCAGGAAUACAAUGGAAAGAUCCCCCGGUUCCGGCGCAUCCAGGGCGAAAUUGAGCUGUACACCAGUGAUACCGUCAUGCAGAACCCCCAGUUCAUCAAGGCUACCAUCGUGCACCAAGACCAGGCCUAUGAUGACAAGAUCUACUACUUCUUCCGGGAGGACAAUCCUGACAAGAACCCCGAGGCCCCUCUCAACGUGUCCCGCGUGGCCCAGCUGUGCAGGGGGGACCAGGGUGGCGAGAGUUCGCUGUCAGUCUCCAAGUGGAACACCUUCCUGAAAGCCAUGCUGGUGUGCAGCGAUGUCACCACCAAUAAGAACUUCAACAGGCUGCAGGAUGUCUUUCUGCUCCCUGACCCUAACGGCCAGUGGAGGGACACUAGAGUCUAUGGUGUUUUUUCCAACCCUUGGAACUACUCGGCCGUCUGCGUGUACUCCCUCGGUGACAUUGACAGGGUCUUCCGAACAUCCUCACUCAAGGGCUACCACAUGAGCCUUCCCAACCCUCGGCCGGGCAAGUGCCUCCCGGACCGGCAGCCCAUACCCACGGAGACCUUCCAGGUGGCUGACAGUCACCCCGAGGUGGCACAGAGGGUGGAGCCCAUGGGGCCUCUGAAGACGCCCCUGUUCCACUCGAAGUACCACUACCAGAAAGUGGUUGUCCACCGCAUGCAGGCCAGCAGCGGGGAGACCUUCCACGUGCUUUACCUAACCACAGACAGGGGCACCAUCCACAAGGUGGUGGAGUCCGGGGAGCGGGAGCGCAGCCUGGUCUUCAACAUCAUGGAGAUCCAGCCCUUUCACCACCCGGCUGCCAUCCAGGCCAUGUCGCUGGACGCCGAGCGGCGGAAGCUGUAUGUGAGCUCCCAGUGGGAGGUGAGCCAGGUGCCCCUGGACCUGUGUGAGGUCUACGGCGGGGGCUGCCACGGCUGCCUCAUGGCCCGAGACCCCUACUGCGGCUGGGACCAGGGCCGCUGUGUCUCCAUCUACAGCUCCCAAGCCUCCAGGUCAAUGCUGCAGUCCAUUCAUCCAGCUGAGCCACACAAAGAAUGCCCCAACCCCAAACCAGACAAGGCCCCACUGCAGAAGGUUUCCCUGGCUCAGAACUCUCGCUACUACCUGAGUUGCCCCAUGGAGUCCCGUCACGCCACCUACUCCUGGCGCCACCAGGAGAACGUGGAGCAGACCUGCGAGCCGGGCCACCAGAGCCCCAACUGUAUCCUGUUCAUCGAGAACCUCACGGCGCGCCAGUACGGCCACUACCACUGCGAGGCCCAGGAGGGCUCCUACUUCCACGAGGCUCAGCACUGGGAGCUGCUGCCCGAGGAUGGCGCCACCGCCGAGCACCUGCUGGGCCACGCCCGGGCCCUGGCUGCCUCCCUCUGGCUGUGCAUCCUGCCCACGCUGGCUCUCGGCCUGCUGGUCCACUAGGGCCCCGGGGCUGGGCGUGGCGCGGGUUCCUGGGGAGGCUCGGCCCGAUGGAGGACCCAGGCCUGGAGAUGGCCAGCCGCGGGCGGCUGCCAGGCCCGCGUGGGGCACGGGCCGUGGGGGCCGCGAAGUUGGGGCAUGGGUGACCUCGGACUUUAGCUUCUGGAGACCACUUUUCCAACGCUCCUCCUCAAACUUGGCCAAACGCGGUGACGUCUUCAAGAGCCCACGGGGCGGAGAGCGGGGUUUGGGAAGGGAAGCUGGGACCCUGGCUCCGGACCUGGGGGCCGAGGCUGGAGCCCUUCCGGCCCCUCCACCCCAGCUGCCCCUGCUCCUGCUCCUGGCGCGGCGAGCCCAGGGCUGCCUCCGUGGCGUCCUCACCAGCCCUGGGUCCCACCAGGCAGCGGCCUUGCAUGUUUAUUGAAGGAUGUUUGCUUUCCGGACGGAAGGACGGAAAAAGCUCUAUUUUUAUGUUAGGCUUAUUUCAUGUAUAGCUAAUUCUGACUGCAUCUGUAUGAAAAUACCAAAACUACAGGCUGGGGGUGGGGUGGGGCAGGGAGGGACUGGGGGAGAAAUGGGCUGGGGAGGGGGGUCCCAGUCGAGGCUCCGGGGACGGGGUGAGAGUCUAGGGGUAGGCAUGGGUUCGCGGAGAGUGGCAUGAGCUGGCUCUGCCCUGGGAUCCCAGUCUGAGGGAACACGCCCCAGUCCCCGCUGUGGGGGCAGCUAUGAGAGGGGGUAGGGUGAGGGAGACAGGGGAGGAAGAAGGAGAAACUGAGCCCUGGGUUCACCACGUCCAUGUAGAAGGAGGAGCCGGGUCCUCAGGGGGGGGUUCCAAGACUCUGCCCUUGGCAUUGGGGGUUGGGGGGCGGGGGGUCCUCUCCCCUCCCCUCAGCCCCCUUCCCCAGGGGCUGCGCUUCCAUGCUCCUAGUCUCCCACCUUCAGCUCAGGACAUGUUAUAACUUAGGCUAAACUGUGAAUUCCGGUGGGGACAGCCUGGGCCAAGCUCUCCAGGUGCGCGGCUCUGCCCCCAGCCCUGUCGGUGGAUCUCGGCAGAGAGCGGGCCCCUCUCUGGCUGUGUCUGGCCAGCCCAGGGCGGGGCCUGGGGCCGGCGGCCUUCCAGCUUGGGCCCCUGCAUCUCUUCUCAAUGCACUUUAAUAAUGUAACAUAUUACUAAUAAACCAGCUAUUUAUUUA